AUGGAAAGCCGGGCUGGUGGUAAUAAUGCUAAAGUAGAUUUUACUCAGGGAAUUGGCACGCCAGAACACAAUCUCAUAGGACAAGCUUUUGCAGCGGGUAAUACUAAAGGAGGUCCUGUGGCUACUGGUGGUACCUUACAAUACAAUAACAAUGGUUUUGGUGCUGCUAUUACCAAAGAACAUAUACCCGGCAUACGCGAUACCUUGACCAAGAGUAUCAGUGCUGAUUUUGGUGAUCAUAAAAUUGGUGCUAAUGUCUUUAAAUCUGAUAAUACUUUACCCAAUGGCUUUAAAUUCGAACGCAAUGGUCAUGGUUUAGAAUAUGCGCAUAUUAAUGGUCAUGGUGCCAGUUUGACACAAAGUAGUAUACCCAAUUUUGGACGUCAAUUGGAAUUGGCUGGUAAGGCUAAUUUGUGGUCUUCUCAAGAUCGUAAUACACGUUUGGAUUUAACCGGUACUGCUUCGAAAUGGACUAGUGGCCCUUUCAGUGGCCAAACUAGCUAUGGCGGUGGUUUGGGUUUGACUCAUUACUUUGGUUAAUUUUAUUAUUAUCAAAAUAUUGUGAUUUUAUAAGAUUUAAGUAAUUUAUUAAAUAAAA